GACUGAUUUAGUUUCUGGUACGUGACGUAAAUGCUUUGCUUGAAAACGCAGAGUCGCACAGCAAACAAACAUGGCUCGCGCUAGCAGUGCCGGUUUUGAUAGGCAUAUUACUAUUUUCUCUCCUGAGGGAAGACUGUAUCAAGUCGAGUAUGCGUUCAAGGCGAUCAACCAGAGUGGACUCACGUCUGUCGCGAUCAGAGGAACUGACAUUGCAAUUGUAGCCACCCAGAAGAAAGUGCCUGACAAGCUCAUGGACCCAAAGAGCGUGACUCAUCUUUUCCAGCUUACGGAUGGCGUAGGCUGUGUUAUGACUGGAAUGAUUGCUGACAGUUUGGCUCAAGUUCAGAGAGCUCGAUAUGAGGCGUCGAACUUCAGGUACAAAAAUGGCUAUGAAAUGCCUGUGGAUGUGCUGUGCCGCCGAAUUGCUGAUAUCAAUCAAGUUUACACGCAAAAUGCUGAAAUGAGACCUCUUGGCUGCAGCAUGAUUCUCAUUGGAUAUGAUGAUGAACUUGGCCCAUGCGUUUUUAAAACCGACCCUGCUGGCUAUUUCUCGGGCUACAAAGCUACUAGUGCUGGAUCAAAGCAGACGGAAGCCAACUCAUUUCUUGAGAAGAAACUCAAGAAGAAGUUGACCUACUCGGGUGAUGAAGCGAUCCAACUUGCUAUCACCUGUCUUUCAACUGUUCUGUCAGUUGAUUUCAAGCCUAAUGAAGUCGAAGUUGGUGUCGUGUCAACUGCCACAAACAGGAAAUUCCAGAAACUUUCUGAACAAGAGGUGGAUCGUCAUCUUGCGGUCAUUGCUGAGAAGGAUUAAUAUUGCCGCACAUAAAAGCUGGACUGGGCCAUCUCGCACCUCUCAGAUCAGGGGGAGUGGUACUACUUGAAGUUCAUGUAUAUCAUCUGCUGUCAUUGCAAGAUCAAAGGGAAAGGCUCAGUCUGGUCCAGGCUACUAUAUUAUGUCCUUAAUAUUUCAACAUUUUCGUUUCAAUAAAUUAACUCUUUAUAACUGCA